GCCAAGUGCAUGCUACCAGCAGCAGAUCAGAGCACUUUCUCAGUCCUCCACUGUUUUGAGCCAGUGAUCUUCUCUCCUUGGAUCUUGUGUACUCAAGAAAAGUAAAUGCAGAUUGUCAGAAUCCUUCAGAUUUGAUAUUCAGCGCUGUUAUGAUCUCUUCAUUACUGGAUGUGGAGUCUGGAUAUCAGAACUGGUAUAGUGAAGUACUCUCCUAUUAAACUAAGGACCAACCUAAAAUCAACAAAAUAACACCAGGCCUAACGAUCAGGAAAUCUGUGUCUCUUAGAGUGCAAAGCAACCAACCUGUCCAUCUUCUGCCUUGUCCCAAAACCUCAAUGUGAUGGUCAUGCUGCUCUUCCCUGUGCAGCUGCUGGCAGUGGCUGUCACUGUUUACCUAGAGCUGGUGAGGUCUGCUCAAGGUGGUGCCUACUAUGGGAUCAAGCAGCUGCCACCUCAGGUGCCCCAGUACCAACCCCUCGGACAACAAGUACCUCACAUGCCGCUGGGCAAAGAAGGCAUCCCGAUGCAGCACCUGGGCAAGGAGGUGCCCCACAUGCCCUAUGGGAAGGAGUACCCCCAUCUGCCCCAGUACAGGAAGGAGGUCCCGCAGAUGCCCAUGCUCGGCAAGGAUAUGGCUCCCAAGAAAGAGAAAGAAAUUCCCAUGCGCAGUCUGAGGGGUGAGCAAGGCCCCCCGGGUGAGCCUGGACCACGAGGGCCACCAGGGCCACCAGGAUUACCAGGUCAUGGUGUACCAGGAGCCAAAGGAAAACCAGGCCCACAAGGAUACCCAGGAAUUGGAAAGCCGGGUUUGCCAGGGAUGCCAGGAAAGCCAGGGGUCAUGGGGCCCCCAGGGCCAAGAGGGGAGAUGGGGCCGAAGGGGGAGAUUGGGCCCAUGGGGAUACCGGGACCACAAGGACCACCAGGGCCUCAUGGGCUUCCCGGCAUAGGGAAAGCGGGCGCUCCGGGGCUGCAGGGGCAACCAGGGCCAAAGGGUGAGCCUGGGAUGAAGGGGCCACCAGGAAUCCCUGGGAUCCCAGGGCCAAAGGGGGAGAAGGGGGUCGGGAUCCCGGGUUUGCCGGGUUUGAAGGGUCCACCUGGGCUGCCUGGUCCCCCCGGCCCCGUGGGGCUGCCGGGGGUGGGCAAACCGGGCAUGGUUGGCUUCCCCGGCCCACAGGGACCCCUGGGCAAACCCGGACCCCCAGGAGAGUUAGGGCUGCAGGGGCCUCCAGGGGCCCCCGGGAUCCAAGGCCCUCCCGGCCCGCCUGGCAUCGGCAAACCCGGCCAGGACGGCAUGCCUGGCCAGCCCGGCUUCCCGGGCGGCAAAGGGGAGCAGGGAUUGCCAGGCCUGCCGGGGCCCCCCGGCCUCCCCGGGGUUGGCAAGCCGGGCUUCCCCGGGCCCAAAGGGGAGCGAGGUGUGGGUGGUCUACCUGGCCCCCUGGGGCCGAAGGGGGAGAAGGGGCACGCGGGGCCACCCGGCAUGGGAGGGCCACCGGGGGAGCCCGGCCAGCCAGGCCUGCCGGGCAUCAUGGGCCCCCCGGGGGCCGCCGGCUUCCCAGGACCUAAAGGGGAGGGGGGUGCCGUAGGGCCACCAGGACCAGUGGGCCCCAAGGGAGAACCUGGCCUGCAGGGUUUUCCAGGCAAGCCAGGCUUUCCUGGGGAAGUGGGUGGCCCUGGGCUGCGGGGGCUGCCGGGCCCCACAGGACCCAAGGGGGAAGCCGGACACAAAGGCUUGCCGGGGCUGCCCGGGGUCCCAGGGCUCGUGGGGCCAAAGGGUGAGCCCGGGCUCCCCGGGGCCCAGGGGCUUCAGGGCCCCUCGGGCAUCCCGGGCAUCGCGGGACCCAGUGGUCCCAUCGGGCCCCCGGGGCUGCCAGGGGCGAAGGGCGAGCCGGGCAUGCCCGGCCCCCCUGGCUUCCCUGGGGUAGGCAAACCCGGUGCUGCGGGGCUGCAGGGACCCCCGGGGAAGCCGGGGGCGCUCGGCCCUCCCGGCCAGCCGGGGCUCCAGGGGCCCCCGGGCCCCCCCGGGCCCCCAGGUCCGCCGGUCAUCAUCCCGCCCACCCCCCCCGCCGUAGGACAGUACCUGCCCGAGGUGGGGCCAGGCAUAGACGGCGUGAAGCCUCCCUACGGCUACAAGGGCAAGAAAGGCAAGGCUGGCGGCAUCGUGUACGAGAUGCCCGCGUUCACGGCAGAGCUCCUCACGCCCUUCCCCCGCGUCGGGGUGCCUAUAAAGUUCGACAAGCUCCUGUACAAUGGGCGGCAGAACUACAACCCCCAGACGGGCAUCUUCACCUGCGAGAUCCCCGGCGUCUACUACUUCGCCUACCACGUCCACUGUAAAGGCGCCAACGUGUGGGUGGCGCUGUACAAGAACAACGAGCCGCUCAUGUACACCUACGACGAGUACAAGAAGGGCUUCCUGGACCAGGCUUCGGGCAGCGCCGUGGUGCAGCUGAUGCACGGAGACAAGGUUUACGUUCAGAUGCCAUCCGAGCAGGCGGCAGGACUCUAUGCCGGGCAGUACGUUCAUUCGUCUUUUUCAGGGUAUUUAUUGUAUCCCAUGUAAAACCAAACAGACACACACACAGCACACACACACACGAAAUCAAAACCUUUCUCCGCUGCUUCAAACUUUUAUACCACAAAAGACGCGUUUUAUGACCAUUUUGGACCAUCUUGUACAAAACCAAAAAAAUAAAUACAAAGUUUAACAUUAUGCACAGCUACUUAUAAAAAAAAAGGUGUGGUGAACAUAUCUAAAGAUGUGUAUCAGGUUCAUAAACAGUUGUUUUGCACCCAAGGGGGACAUAUUAGCUGUACAUUAUAUAUUUCUGCAAUGCCAUGCUUACUUAAUUUCAUUCACAGUAAUUCAGUACUAAAGUCAAAUCAGUGUAUGUCACUCACUCCUGUUGCAUUGAUCAUAGUUAUGAGAUGAAAAACAGUGACUUAAACCAGAGUAGGUCAGCCUCUAAUUAUAUUAAAAAAAUUGAGUGGCUUAUUUGUCUGGGUGGGGGUUUUCUUGGGUUUUUGACAGCAGGUCUGCCUGACAAGCAAAGGUUCUCUUAGCUGGAGACUUGUAUUUCCCUUCCCUUGUAAUAAAAUAAUCCGGCAGGUGUGGGUUUUUUCCUGAACAAUUUAUUUAUGAUGGCACGAUCAUUCCCCUGAGCCACCUCCAGCAGUCAUUGGAACUACAAUGUCACCACUGACUCCAGGCAGGCACUGGUUUCACCUCCAAAUGCCACAGCACUUGGAAAGUUUCCAUUCUCUAUUCACACAGCUCAAGUACAUGAGGUAAAUCUUCCCCAUUUACUUGUGCCACGUUGAGACAUUUUGGCCAAUACAUGGCAAUACUUCAGGGUGGCAUAAAUUUACUUGGCUUUCUGUGCUUGUAUGGAGAACCCAUUUGGCUUGUCAGACGAGACAUCGAUUCUGCCACUCAGCAAACGCUGAAUCAGUUUACUCUUCAAUGACUAGGCAAAGCAGAAGUAGCUCUGUUUGCUUAACUGAUUUGUUGCUUGAGAUCAACCAGUUAACUUUACCGGCAAUACUGAUCAUGCAAAUUUAUCCAAGAACUUGGUUCUAUCUAAAAGCUGAUUUCCAAUCUGUAUUUAUACGUUACCAGUUGUCAAGGAGAACCUGCAGGCCUCAAUACUUCUCUGUACUUGAGGACAGCGACUUCUGUGCACAAAGUCUCUGUCUGCUCAUCAAUGGUGCUAAUCUCACCUCAACAAGUGUUCUGUUUCCCAAGGGCAGUGGACCUUGCUGUGGUUCCCUGUACAGUGCUGCGCAUCACACACUGCUGCACGAGGUCGAAAAGUUAGGUGCUCAUCACUUCUUCGAUGUCUUUAGCUACCGCUACUGCUUUUGAUGCAAAAAUGAACCUAGAUUUUUUUCAUGCAGAACUAAGAUUGGAUUUAACUGGCAUUACCAUUAUUUAAAUGCAGAGUUUAAUGCGGUCUAACAUUGACUAAGGACUCCAGUGAUAUAAUGUGGUGCUUUAUCUCAGAAAUUUUAUGGAACGGUGGCAGGAAUGGACAGACAGUUUACCAGACACUGGUGACUUCAGUAUGUUCCCAGAAUAUAUGAGAUACGUCAAAAGCAAAUAAUUUUGUAUUUAAAAUUUUUGUACUGAUUUGAAAAAAAUAUCUUAUUAAAUAUCUUUAAAAAUAAAACCAAAACCCAAUCCUGUCUUCAUUCAGAACUAUCAGAAGGAACAUUCAACCUCCUGAAUUCAUUUAUCAGACCACAAGGGCUCUCUGGAACCACUGACAGCCCGAGGUAGGGGGGGGAAAAAUUAAGAGGUACACCCUUUUCUCUAGUUCCCAUCUCCUGGCAAAACAUGCUGUAAGCCAGAGAGGGAACAUGUUCCAUUUGGUGGGAGGACAGAGCAGGGUCUGGGGGGAACAACACAAAGAGGGAAUGGCUCCCUCAGGCAGCCCAUGGGGACAGACACUGCCUAGCAAGAGCCAAUGUGGGGAUUCAAGAAGGCAGAGGGGCAGCCAAGGAAUUGGCCACAGAGGCUGCUGCUAAGGGCUUGUGUUGCCUGAAAAGGCAGAACUGGCUGCCCAGAGAUGCUGGCUCCCCUGAUGUGGCUUCCCCACCUCACCUCUAAGACAAGCAUUUCCUCCAAGAUGCUGAACUCCUGGACUGUCCAUACUGAAAGGAAUGCACUGAAUACACACUGUGCCAGAGAACUGUUAUCCAAAUCUCCCUUGGACUCCCUGAAGCCCUCUGCAUCUCAUUUUUACUGCACAAAGAGAAAACAAAUAAUGAGUUAAGUACUGUACUCAGCAUCACUCACUUUCUAUCUAAAGCUAUUUUCACUUUCUGAAUUUUUUUAUCACACACCAUCUUCUUUGUUCUACAUUUCUUAUUUUAGCAUUCCCCCAACAGUCCACAGUAAGAAAACCAAGAUUCAAAAAACAAUGAAAAAUCUGAAUCACAAGGAUGCUGCUCUUGAUCUUAAUCCACAAAAAACAUGUCCCAGUUCUGGUUGUACUCAGCCUGGAGUUAGAUCUCCAGCCACAAUAUAACUCCACCCACCUAGGUUCAAAAACUUUCUGCUGUUUGCUCUACAAAGCACUAAAAUUUGUUCCAAAACUUGAUACCUUAUCUGACACCACUAUUUACUUUACACACCAAUAAUAAUGGCCCUGGGCAUACCCACACAUCCACACUCACACAGAGCACCAGCCUUGCAAAAAUAAGUCCGAGGGCACUGUCUUUAACAGUUUAUUCACAGGAAAAUAAUCUCCUUCCAUUUGUAGAAUUCAAAAUUUCACUUGAAACAACUGUAAGAAUUCUUCAAAAUACAGGUGGCACUUUAAAGGCAUAUAAAACUUAAGACAAGUGGCAAAUAAAAUAAGUAUUUCCUAAUACCAAAAACAUAUGUUGAGCUUUGUAUGUUCUUAAAAAUAUGAAUCCACUUAAAAGUGAAGGUAUUUAUACUCUCCCCCAGAGCACUGCUAAAAAGGAAAGUAUGGCACUGGAAACAAGAAGUACCACAUGCUAAUUAAACACCAAAGCUGAGAUUCUGUAUUAUUAUUAUCACCUGUAUAGUCACUGGAAAUGUUGCUCAGUAACACCUCUUAGGCACUCUCAGAUUCACAUUUAAUGCAAUAGUCUGUGACUUCUCUUAAUUAUUAUAGGAGAGUACAAAACAGUUUCCCAACGAAGGAACAUCCUUAAGGACAGAGCCAAACAAAGCUUUCAGCCAACACGUGUCAUCCUGCCUGUUCUGUGCGCAGUUUGGUAUCUUAGAGCUGUGUCUUUCUGACAGUGCAGCAUUUUGAGAGGGGUGGCAGAUAAAAUGCACAAGUUCCUUUGCUGUAAGGUGAUGCCAUCUAGAAAUUCAGCAGCCUGCCAGAGAACAGGAAUAAGAAGGGAGGAGAACAUCUGACUUCAGGUAGAAAAAUUAUGGGAGACACUGGGGACCUACACAGUUACACUGUUAUCAGACACAGAAAUAAAGCUGGCAGCUUCACACCUGAUGAAAUUUAAAAAAAAAAAAAAAAAAAAAAAGACUGGACAGGUUUUAAAGGGAAGUUUCAGUGCAGAGAUUUCAUUUUCAGGAAUGGCAAAAAGGGAAAAAAAGUCUUAAUAGCAGCCCACACUCAGAAACUAUCUAAAUAUUUGGUGUUAGCAUUAUUGUUUUAUUCUAAAAGCCCCAAGUGUCAAGUCUUUGGUACUGCAAAACACCUGUGAAAAUGUGUGCUUGGGCAGAAUAGAAGUGUAACCUGUGAGCACUGCUGGGAAAUGCACUACACGUGGGUGUUCCUGCCUGAAUGAAGUUAGUGCCAAAGCAAGACUCAUCCUCGAGGCAGAGUACCAGGAAUGAUCUGCGUGAAGCAGGUGGUGGAGCAGAGCUGGUGUACACAGGAUGCUAAAAAACAUCUUGUAGGGAAAAAAAAGUCAGUACCUAGCUUUACUGAGGAGACUUUACUUACUGCUUUACUUAUUACUGAGGAGAGAUGCUACUGGCCUGCAAACUGGGCUUUCAAAAAAAAAAAAAAACAAACCAACAAACCAAGCAAAAAAGCACCCAAACAAAAAACCAACAAAAACAACAAAAAAACUUAAAAAAAAAAUGAAACAAAACAACCAAACAAACGAAAAACCACAUGGUUUACAAGCAGCAUCAGCUCUUGGCUUGAUCCUGAGGGAAUGGGUUUCAUUCAAAAUAUUACCCAGUCACCCUGGGACAAUAACUAUGGUGGACUUAAUGCCCCUGGCAGGAGCACAGAAGUGGGAGAAAAAUAUCCCUGAAAAUACUGCUUAAUUUGAAAAAUAAGUCAGUCAUACAAUGGGAAGGUUUAUUAGGAUAUAAAAAGAAACAGCUGAUACGGACAAAUGCUUUUAGAGAACAUUAAAUUCAUCAAGAACACCAAA